AUGAGUAACCACACCAAGGAGCGUGUGACCAUGGCCAAAGUAACCCUGGAGAACUUCUACAGCAACCUCAUCGCCCAACACGAGGAGAGAGAGAUGAGGUAGACUGCACACGCAAUGCCUUCCACCGACAGCCAUUGUUUCCAAUUCCUCUGUUCUCUAUUGCUACAUUCUUCUUAUGCGUUAUGACAUUCAAGGUGGCGGUUGCUAACUUUGUGGUAUUUGUGUUUAAUGAAUGUGUUGUUGGCUGACGAUUAGACUAAGAAAUGGUGACCACUGCAUUAUAUCUGUAGAAGACAUUCAUAUUUUAACAAUAGCUUUUCCCUCCCCUGUUUUUUUUAAAUAUUGGGCUGAUGACACUUGUCUGUCUUGCUUAGUAGGCCUGUAUGCUCUUUCUGAUGCAAAUUGUCUGGGGUGUUUUUUCAUGUUACCUCCCUGGCUCUCUUUGAGGGAAACCACACCCUGUCUGUGUUAGCUCUAGCACACUGAGGUCAUUUCAGUUUCGAGAUAAAGACUGAUGUGUGAAGAUUGAAUGUGUGUGGCACUGACUGGGGGCUUUUUUUUAAACUUGUGAUCUUGGAAAAAGUAGGCAGAGUUUCAACAGUGCGACAAACCAGAACGUUUACACACAUUCUUGACAUGAUUUCAAAGUGUGUGUAUAUGUGUGUUUAUAUGCAUGUCAUCCAUCAGCGCAAUGACCAUUUCUGUUCAAACACUGUCACCUGAGUAAUGAGUUUAAUGAUCAAACAAGCAGCAGAUGGUGGAGACAUGAGUUGGCUAUUGUCAAGUAGCGGUCUGAGUCAGUCUCGCCCUCAAGGCCAUGUUUGUGUCGACUUCACUGUUUAUCAGUUUCCUCUUGAAUACUCAGUGGCACCAAUCCAACCCCUACUAGCACUUAGCCCUAUUAAUAUCACUGGAGACCAAAGGUUACGUGGCAGGUCUCUUAUCUCAGCGGCUUCAGCUUAGAGCAGAGAAGGAAAUUACACUACUAAUAUGCAAGUCCCUGGGUCGCAUUCAUUAGCGCACACCGUAGCAAAUCGUUUUGCAACGGAACACAAAAACAAGGAUUUCUUAUGUUCUGUUUCGUUCCUAGUGAAUACGACCCUGAUGUUGUGGUGAUGGGGUUGAUCCAUAAAAAGCAUGUGGGCACAAGGACCGAACGACACCCGUCUGUGUGCUUUUCUGGAAGGAUACUUCUCAAUGACGCAUUAAAACUCUUAGUCCCUUACACAUUUUGCUACCUGAGCCAGUGAAGGUUACUCUUUCUCUCAAGAUAGAGAUGGGUGGCUGUGUUAUGGUGCACUUAAUUGGUGUUAUAGGAGCAUCAUUAUAUGGCUCAGCUGGAACCAAUCUCCCCUCUCACAGCAGUGUCAGUUCUUGAACAAAAGUUGUCUUGAACAAAGUAUCAACCAAACACCAUACACAUUAGUUGAAUGAAAGUUAUUUUUCUUGCAUUUCUGUUCCAGGCAACAAAAGUUGGAGAAGCUGAUGGACCAAGAGGGCUUGGCGGAUGAAGAGGUGGGGUUGCGCACGUACACAGACACCAGGGUUUCUGUUAUGAACAUGUGGCGCUGGACAUUUGACCGGCAACGUUUAAAAUGUACCGGCCCAAAAUGCAUUGGGUGCAUAACCUGAUUAGGGCGCCCACCCACAGUGCUCAGAAUAACAGAAAUCACAUUUGGAAUAUGGUAAUUCAUAUGAACAGAACAUGCAAGUUGAGAUUGCAAUGAUGUGUGGUCCUUACUGAAUUCUGAUGUGCACUUUGAACAUGUUAGAAUUUACUUUUCCUCAGCCAACAAGAUUAGUAACGAACAGCAAAAUCUCUAGCCAGUGUCAAUCUACUAUAGUAGAAAUGUUAGGCUACCUAUUCUAUUGGUCAGCUUGUCGAGAAAUAGUAUAUUCCAAACUGACUCUGGGACAGUUGUGGGACGAUAGAUUCCAAAUUCAUACAACCAGUAGGCCUAGGAUACAUAGUUAAUAAAAUAUGUUAAAAAGCAAUGAAUCUGAUGUAAUGGAUCAGAACAUUUAGCUUAAAAUGUUGAAUAACUAUUUCUUCACAUUAUAAGCCCAGCAAUGUGCACAAGGCAGUAGACUCACGAAUGUUAGUUCCAUAAUGCAAUUAGCGGGAAAACAAUUAAGUGUAUGUUUUCAAAAUGCAUACUGCCUCCAGCUCAUUGCAAAGUGGUGUGUGACGUGCUGAUGAAGCCUGCCUUCCAUUGCCAUUUGAUGUCGUGUUCAAAACAACUCAAAUCUCAGGCUUCAGUGCAUUCAAGACAACUGGGAAUAAAAUGAGUUCCGACUGGGGGAAAAUCGUUUUGAACGGUCAUCCAACUCGUAAUUUCAACUCUGGAGUCGGGCUUCUUUCUAGCGCUCAGAUUUUCCGACCUGAAGAUCACCUUUAGUCAUGAUUUGACUUCAUAUUUUCCAGAGUUCCCAGUUGUCUUGAAAGCACCACAAGAUGCUGCUGCUGCUGCAGCGCUUGCACUGUCAGACAGAUUUUCCACUCAAAGGCUCUAUCUGUAUGCUGUACACAUGGGAUAAGUAAGAUAACGAAUGUACUGUACACGCGCCAAUUUAAUUCCACUAAAUUAUGCAAAUUAACCUAUAGACCGUUAAGCAUGACGAGUCAAAUGUAUUUCCAUUGUCUGGUAUUUCCAUCAAUGAAUAGGCUAAAAAGCAUUAUUUCACAAUGGGAUUUUUUUCUUCUCCCGGCCAAAAAGAUCGGCUUUUCAACAUUUAUCAGACAAAAGCCGGCUAUUACUGGCUAACGGAAACCCUGACACAGACAUUUACAUUUUUAGUCAUUUAGCAGACGCUCUUAUCCAGAGCGACUUACAGUUAGUGAGUGCAUACAUAAUUUUUUUAAACAAUUUUAUUUUGUAUUUUAUUUUUUCAUACUGGCCCCCCAUGGGAAUCGAACCCACAACCCUGGUGUUGCAAACGCCAUGCUCUACCAACUGAGCUACAUCCCUGCCGGCCAUUCCCUCCCCUACCCUGGACGACGCUGGGCCAAUUGUGCGCUGCCCCAUGGGUGGCACACAACCUUUGACACCUGCACACUAACCAUUGCCCCCUCUACCUGUGCAGAAGCGUAUCCGACGUUCUCAGCACGCCAGGAAAGAGACAGACUUCCUGCGUCUCAAACGAACCCGCCUGGGGCUGGAGGACUUUGAGUCCCUCAAGGUGAUUGGCCGAGGAGCUUUCGGAGAGGUAGGCAUCAUCCCUUUUAUACAAACAUCUUUUAUGUAGCCUUGCAGACUUUCAGCUUAUUAUUUAAUACAUUAUUGGCACGUUUUGGUCCUAUUUGUCCCCAGGUGCGUCUGGUGCAGAAAAAGGACACAGGCCAUGUGUACGCUAUGAAGAUCCUCCGUAAGGCUGACAUGCUGGAGAAGGAACAGGUGAGGAGGGGGGGGGGGGGGGGGGGAGGAAGGGGUAUGUGAGGUAUACAUUGAUGGCCAGUCAUUUUCUUUUCUCACAAAUAUCUAAAGCAGUGUCUUGGAUACAAACAUGAUGAGUGCCUGCCAUGCAAUCAAGAAAUUGGUGUAUGUGCAUUUAUUCCUAGGUGGGCCACAUCCGUGCCGAGAGAGACAUCCUGGUGGAGGCGGACAGCCUAUGGGUGGUCAAGAUGUUCUACAGCUUCCAGGACAAGAUGAACCUCUACCUCAUCAUGGAGUUCCUGCCUGGCGGUACGACCCCCCCCCCCCCCCCAAACCCUGAACAGUCUCCUACGCUACUGGCUCAAAGUCAAAAAGGCACUAUUGUCCAGUGAGCUGCUCCCAGAUUAGCCAGUCUUGCAUGUGUAUUUAGACCUCAGGGCUUGUUUUCAUAGUGUUUCAGAGUAGGCGUGCCUACUCGACUCAGCCAAAACUGAUCCAAAAUCAGCACUCCUAAUCAGAGACACUUUGUGAAUACGAUCCCUGGCCCAUUCAGUAAGGUGAAGCAAUGUUGCAGAAAUACAUGUUUUGUAUAGAACAAGCACAACCUGCCAUCGUGCAAAAUAAACAAUUCUAUGCAACACAUUUCUAUCUGUAAUUCCACCAAAACAAACUUCUUCUGCCUCACUGAAUACGCCUCAAAGUUUAGUUGCAAUGUGGUGUUUUUUAACAUGCCGCUGCCCCCUACAGGUGACAUGAUGACCCUGCUCAUGAAGAAGGAUACUCUGACCGAGGAGGCCACUCAGUUCUACAUCGCUGAGACGGUGCUAGCCAUCGACUCCAUCCACCAACUGGGCUUCAUCCACAGAGACAUCAAACCUGACAACCUGCUACUAGACUCCAGGGUGAGUUUGAGCAAGGACUCGGAGACACACAAAUACGAAAACUGGGUCGAAUUUGCAAGGCACCAAACUGAAGAAAUCGGACUAAACUUGUCCAAUAAGAAAUGCUUGUUUUCGUUUUGUGUUGCAAAAGGUUUUGCUUCGGUGUGCACUAAUGAAUGUGAUCCUGUACUGAAGGUGCCUUUGUUUGAUUGUUUCAGGGCCACGUGAAGCUGUCUGACUUUGGUCUAUGCACGGGUCUGAAGAGGGCCCAUCGUACCGAGUUUUACAAGAACCUCAACCACAGCCUACCCAGUGACUUCAGUAAGCAAAGUCAGGCAUCCCCAAUCAAUCCAUUACUUUACAUACUAACACCCUGUAUCAAUGUUAAAGCCACAAUCUGGAGUUUGUGUCUCAGGCCUUAUAGUCAUUGAGAUUGACAUGAUAUUUGGAAGCAUAUUUUGGAGCUACACCUUGUUUGCAAACAUCCAAAUGACAAUGAAGUAAUAUUUGGGUUAUGAUAGAGUAAAACGGAUGCACUAAGCUCAAAUGGCAUUUUAUAAAUUAUAUUAAUUGGAAAUGCAAUUGAACAGUAGGAAAUGUCCCAGAUUGUGCCUUUUUAAUGUUUCUCCACUAACCUGGUUCUGAUUUCAAAUGUGCUUUUUUUUUAAACGAAGAAUAACUUAAAGAUUUGUUUUUAGGUAUGUUUUAUUUUAUUUCAAGGUGUUUAAAAAAAAAAUAAUAAUAAUAUAUAUAUAUAUAUAUAUAUAUAUAUAUAUAUAUAUAUUGUUGCAUGUACCAGUGUGUACAUAUUUUUGUUGUUGGAUGUUACAAUCCUUACUAACAGUCAUUGAAUAUAUCCCGACUGUAAAUCACUGGAUUAGAGCUGCUAAAUGACUAAUGUAAAUCAAUAGAUCAUAAAUGGCUAUUUGUUUUGUAAUAAAGAUUCUGAGGCUGAUUUCACAAUAGUAAAAUAUUGCUAGAAGGGGUAUACAUGGGUAAAGAUACUUGCAGCGCAUUCAGAAAGUAUUCAGACCCCUUGACUUUUUCCACAUUUUGUUACGUUACAGCCUUAUUAAUUUUUUUGAAGUCACCAUUUACACACAAUACCCUAUAAUGACAAAGCAAAAACGGGUGUUUAGAACUUUGGCAAAUGUAUAAAAAAAAGCUAUCGGAAAUAUCACAAUUUACAUUAGUAUUCAGACCCAUUACUCAGUACUUUUUUGUAGCAACUUUUGGCAGCAAUUACAGCCUCGAGUCUUCUUUGGUAUGACGCUACAAGCUUGGCACACCUGUAUUCGGGGAGUUUCUCACAUUCUUCUCUGCAGAUCCUCUCAAGCUCUGUCAGGUUGUAUGGGGAGUGUUGCUGCACAGCUGUUCGAUCGGGUUAAAGUCCGGGCUCUGGCUGGGCCACUCAAGGACAUUCAAAGACUUGUCCCAAAGCCACUCCUGCGUUGUCAUUGCUGUGUGCUUAGGGUCGUUGUCUUGUUGGAAGGUCAAUGUUCGCCCCAGUCUGAGGUCCUAAGCGCUCUGGAGCAGGUUUUCGUCAAGGAUCUUUCUGUACUUUGCGCCAUUCAUCUUUCCCUCGAUCCUGACUAGUCUCCCCAGUCCCUGCCGCUGAAAAACAUCCUCACAGAAUGAUGCUGCCACCACCAUGCUUCAGCGUAGGGCUGGUGCCAGGUUUCCUCCAAACGUGACGCUUGGCAUUCAGGCCAAAGAGUUCAAAGUUGGUUUCAUCAGACCAGAUAAUCUUGUUUCUCAUGGUCUGAGUCUUUAGGUGCCUUUUGGCAAACUCCAAACGGGCUUUCAUGUGCCUUUUUACUGAGGAGUGGCUUCCGUCUGGCCACUCUACCAUAAAGGCCUGAUUGGUGGUGCUGCAGAGAUGGUUGUCCUUCUGGAAGGUUCUCCCAUCUCCACAGAGGAACUCUGGAGCUCUGUCAGUGACCAUUGGGUUCUUGGUCACCUCCCUUCUCCCCCGAUUGCUCAGUUUGGCUGGUUGGCCAGCUCUUGGUGGUUCCAAACUUCUUCCAUUUAAGAACGAUGGAGGCCGCUGUGUUCUUGGGGACGUUCAAUGCUGCAGAAAUGAUUUGGUACCCUUCCCCAGAUCUGUGCCUCGACACAAUCCUGUCUCGGAGCUAUACGGACAAUUCCAUGGCUUGGUUUUUGCUGUGACAUGCGCCGUCAACUGUGGAACCUUAUAUAGACAGGUGGUGUGCCUUUUCCAAAUCAUGUCCAAUCAAUUUAAUUUACCACAGGUGGACUCCAAUCAAGUUGUAGAAACAUCUCAAGGAUGAUCAAUGGAAACAGGAUGCACCUGAGCUUAAUUUCGAGUCUCAUAGCAAAGGGUCUGAAUACUUAUAUAAAUAAGGCAUUUGGUUUUUAUUUUUAAUAAAUUAGCAAAAAUGUCUAACCCUGUUUUCUCUUUGUCAUUAUGGGGUGUUGUGUGUAGAUUGAGAUUUUUUAUUUUUAUUUAAUCCAUUUUAGAAUAAGGCUGUAACGUAACAAAAUGUGGAAAAAGUGAAGGGGUCUGAAUACUUUCGGAAUGCACUGUCUUAACCUGCAAGUGAGUUAAACCGGUUUAACCAGUAUGUAAGUUGCAUCAUUUUAUAGAACUGUUAAUUUUUCUUUACAGCAUUCAAUAACAUGAACUCGAAGAGGAAAGCAGAGACAUGGAAGAGGAACAGGAGACAGCUGGUGAGAAGAUAAAGCUAGAUGGGCAGCAUAUUUUACACAAGACACACUUGUAUUGGGGUGGUCUUGUAGUCACAUUGUAUGAUACUAUAACGCCUUGAAUAAAGUUAUUUAUUUUACUCCCUCGCUCUCUCCCUCCAGGCCUUCUCUACUGUGGGCACCCCUGAUUACAUCGCCCCAGAAGUCUUCAUGCAGAAUGGAUACAACAAGCUCUGUGAUUGGUGGAGCCUGGGAGUCAUCAUGUAUGAGAUGCUGAUAGGUGAGAUUUCAUUGACAAGCUUUACUUGGAGCCUCCAAAAAGCCAUUGAUAGUUUUUGGAAAUUGGCUUUCAAACAUAUACACUACAUGACCAAAAAUAUGUGUACACCUUCUCUACGAACAUUUCAUUCCAAAAUCAUGGGCAUUAAUAUGGAGUCGUUCCCCCCUUUGCUGCUUUAACAGUCUCCACUCUUCUGGGAAGUCUUUCCACUAGAUGUUGGAACAUUGCUGCAGGGACUUGCUUCCAUUCAGCCACAAGAGCAUUAGUGAGGUCGGGCACUGAUGUUGGGCGAUUAGGCCUGGCUCGCAGUCGGCAUUCCAAUUAAUCCCAAAGGUGUUUGAUGGGGUUGAGGUCAGGGCUCUGUGCAGGCCAGUCAAGUUCUUGCUGCGAAGAGACAGAAUCAUUAGAUCAUUUGUUUUGGUACUGUCCAUUUGUGGCUUGUUUUUGGUCACAGGUCCAGGAAUGGCUGAAGGAUUGCAAUAUUUACCUGUAGCGAACCCUGCAGAUAGCACUACUGGGUGAUCUGAAAAGUCAGUCAAUCAAUCAAUAACAUAAUACUAUUAGCAAAAAUGUUUAUUUUCAAUUUACAAUCUGUAGAAACAAUGCGAAUAGAAGGUUUCAGAACUUUUGGGAAACAUCACAGUACAGUUGAAAAAUAUAUGGCAAAUAGAAAUCCAAUAUGGAUGGUGUUAAUAGAUAGAUGGCAGGUGUUGAAUGGAGCUGAAGGAUGGGACUAAUAACAACUAACAACAUCAAGAUAACUAAUGUAGGGCAUGCUGUGUCCAUAAUAAGGAUAUAGGUUGAGAGCUUUUGUGAAGGAGCACAGUUGGAGAGAUAUGGCAUAUAGACGCAAACCGGAUGGACAUCAUUUAAAUGAUCGGAGAGGUUGAGGGUGGAGGAAGUUCAGCAGUAAAAACAAACAAAAUAGAAUUAUUGUAAAAUUGACUGUGUCCAUAAAAUGUAUAUAGUCUGUAUAAGCUGGAAGUAGAGGCCUAAGCGUUGUUGUUCACUAGUUUACUCCAAUUAGGGAAGGGGUGGUGGGGUUGGGAAGUAAUGAAGGGAAAUAUAUAUUUUUUUAAAGGAUCUGUAUGUACAGUUGAAGUCAGAAGUUUACCUACACUUAGGUUGGAGUCAUUAAAACUCAUUUUUCAACCACUCCACAAAUUUCUUGUUAACAAACUACAGUUUUGGCAAGUCGGUUAGGACAUCUACUUUGUGCAUGACACAAGUAACAAUUGUCAAACAAUUGUUUACGGACAGAUUAUUUCACUUAUAAUUCACUGUAUCACAAUUCCAGUGUGUCAGAAGUUUACAUACACUAAGUUGACUCUGCCUUUUAAACAGCUUGGAAAAUUCCAGAAAAUGAUGUCAUGGCUUUAGAACCUUCUGAUAGGCUAAUUGAUAUAAUUUGUGUCAAUUGGAGUUGUACCUGUGGAUGUAUUUCAAGGCCUACCUUCAAACUCAGUGCCUCUUUGCUUGACAUCAUGGGAAAAUCAAAAGAUAUCAGCCAAGACUUCAGAAAAAAAUGUGUAGACCUCCACAAGUCUGGUUCAUCCUUGGGAGCAAUUUCCAAACGCCUGAAGGUACCACGUUCAUCUUUACAAACAAUAGUACGCAAGUAUAAACACCAUGGGACCACGCAGCCGUCAUACCGCUCAGGAAGGAGACGCGUUCUGUCUCCUAGUGAUGAUAAUAAUAAUACACUGCUCAAAAAAAUUAAGGGAACACUUAAACAACACAAUGUAACUCCAAGUCAAUCACACUUCAAACUCAAAAAAUCUAACUGUACCACUUAGGAAGCAACACUGAUUGACAAUACAUUUCACAUGCUGUUGUGCAAAUGGAAUAGACAACAGGUGGAAAUUAUAGGCAAUUAGCAAGACACCCCCAAUAAAGAAGUGGUUCUGCAGGUGGUGACCACAGACCACUUCUCAGUUCCUAUGCUUCCUGGCUGAUGUUUUGGUCACUUUUGAAUGCUGGCGGUGCUUUCACUCUAGUGGUAGCAUGAGACAGAGUCUACAACCCACACAAGUGGCUCAGGUAGUGCAGCUCAUCCAGGAUGGCACAUCAAUGUGAGCUGUGGCAAGAAGGUUUGCUGUGUCUGUCAGCGUAGUGUCCAGUGCAUGGAGGCGCUACCAGGAGACAGGCCAGUACAUCAGGAGACGUGAAGGAGGCCGUAGGAGGGCAACAACCCAGCAGCAGGACCGCUAGCUCCGCCUUGUGCAAGGAGGAGCACUGCCAGAACCCUGCAAAAUGACCUCCAGCAGGCCACAAAUGUGCAUGUGUCUGCUCAAACGGUCAGAAACAGACUCCAUGAGAGUGGUAUGAGGGCCCGACGUCCACAGGUGGGGGUUGUGCUUACAGCCCAACACCGUGCAGGACGUUUGGCAUUUGCCAGAGAACACCAAGAUUGGCAAAUUCGCCACUGGCGCCCUGUGCUCUUCACAGAUGAAAGCAGGUUCACACUGAGCACGUGACAGACGUGACAGUCUGGAGACACCGUGGAGAACGUUCUGCUGCCUGCAACAUCCUCCAGCAUGACCGGUUUGGCGGUGGGUCAGUCAUGGUGUGGGGUGGCAUUUCUUUGGGGGGCCGCACAGCCCUCCAUGUGCUCGCCAGAGGUAGCCUGACUGCCAUUAGGUACCGAGAUAAGAUCCUCAGACCCCUUGUGAGACUAUAUGCUGGUGCGGUUGGCCCUGGGUUCCUCCUAAUGCAAGACCUCAUGUGGCUGGAGUGUGUCAGCAGUUCCUGCAAGAGGAAGGCAUUGAUGCUAUGGACUGGCCCGCCCGUUCCCCAGACCUGAAUCCAAUUGAGCACAUCUGGGACAUCAUGUCUCGCUCCAUCCACCAACGCCACGUUGCACCACAGACUGUCCAGGAGUUGGCGGAUGCUUUAGUCCAGGUCUGGGAGGAGAUCCCUCAGGAGACCAUCCGCCACCUCAUCAGGAGCAUGCCCAGGCGUUGUAGGGAGGUCAUACAGGCACGUGGAGGCCACACACACUACUGAGCCUCAUUUUGACUUGUUUUAAGGACAUUCCAUCAAAAGUUGGAUCAGCCUGUAGUGUGGUUUUCCACUUUAAUUUUGAGGGUGACUCCAAAUCCAGACCUCCAUGGGUUGGUACAUUUUAUUUCCAUUGAUAAUUUUUAUGUGAUUUUGUUGUCAGCACAUUCAACUAUGUAAAGAAAAGUAUUUAAUAAGAUUAUUUCAUUCAUUCAGAUCUAGGAUGUGUUGUGUAAGUGUUCCCUCUAUUAUUUUGAGCAGUGUAUAAUAUUCCAUUUAGCAGACGCUUUUAUCCAAAGUGACUUAGUCAUGUGUGCAUACAUUUUUACGUAUUUGUGGUCCCGGUGAUCGAACCCACUACCCUGGCGUUAGAAGUGCCAUGCUCUACCAAUUGAGCUACAGAGGACCACAGAUGAACGUAUUUUGGUGCGAAAAGUGCAAAUCAAUCCCAGAACAACAGCAAAGGACCUUGUAAAGAUGCUGGAGGAAACGGGUACAAAAGUAUCUAUAUCCACAGUAAAACAAGUCCUAUAUUGACAUAACCUGAAAGGCCGCUCAGCAAGGAAGAAGCCACUGCUCCAAAUCAGCCAUUAAAAAAGCCAGACUACAGUUUGCAACUGCACAUAGGGACAAAGAUCAUACUUUUUGGAGAAAUAUCCUCUGGUUGAUGAAACAAAAAUAGAACUUUGGCCAUAAUGACCAUCGUUAUAUUUGGAGGAAAAUGGGGGAAGCUUGCAAGCCGAAGAACACCAUCCCAACCGUGAAGCACCGGGGUAGCAGCAUCAUGCUGUGGGGGUGCUUUGCUGCAGGAGGGACUAGUGCACUUCACAAAAUAUAUGGCAUCAUGAGGAAGGAAUAUUAUGUGGAUAUAUUGAAGCAACAUCUCAAGACCUCAGUCUUCCAAAUGGACAAUGACCCCAAGCAUACUUCCAAAGUUGUGGCAAAAUGGCUUAAGGACAACAAAGUCAAGGUAUUGGAGUGGCCAUCACAAAUCCCUGACCUCAAUCCUAUAGAAAAUGUGUGGGCAGAACUGGAAAAAGCGUGUGCGAGCAAGGAGGCCUACAAACCUGACUCAGUUACACCAGCUCUGUCAGGAGGAAUGGGCCAAAAUUCACCCAAUUUGUUGUUGGAAGCUUGUGGAAGGCUACCCGACACGUUUGACCCAAGUUAAACAAUUUAAAGGCAAUGCUACCAAAUACUAAUUGAGUGUAUGUAAACUUCUGACCCAUGGGAAUGUGAUGAAAGAAAUAAAAGCUUAAAUAAAUCAUUUCACAUUCUUAAAAUAAAGUGGUGAUCCUAACUGACCUACGUCAGGGAUUUUUUACUGGGAUUAAAUGUCAGGAAUUGUGAAAAACAGAGUUUAAAUGUAUUUGGCUAAGGUGUAUAUAAACCUCCGACUUCAAGUGUGUGUGUGCACACUACCGUUCAAAAGUUUGGGGUCACUUAGAAAGUUCCUUGUUUUCGAAAGAAAUGCAAUUUUUUUGUCCAUUAAAAUAACAUCAAAUUGAUCAGAAAUACAGUGUAGACAUUGUUAAUGUUGUAAAUGGCUAUUGUAGCUGGUAACGGCUGAUUAUUAUUUAUUUUUUAAUGGAAUAUCUACAUAGGCGUACAGAGGCCCAUUAUCAGCAAACAUCAUUCCUGUGUUCCAAUGGCACGUUGUGUUGGCUAAUUGAUCAUUAGAAAACCCUUUUGCAAUUAUGUUAGCACAGCUGAAAACUGUUGUGCUGAUUUUAAAGAAGCAAUAAAACUGGCCUUCUUGAGACUAGUUGAGUAUCUGGAGCAUCAGCAAUUGUGGGUUCGAUUACAUGAUCAAAAUGGCCAGAAACAAAUAACUUUCAUCAGUCUAGUUUGAGAAACAGACGCCUCACAGGUCCUCAACUGGCAGCUUCAUUAAAUAGUACCCACAAAACAGCAGUCUCAACGUCAACAGUGAAGGGGCGACUCCGGGAUGCUGACCUAGGCAGAGUUGCAAAGAAAAAGCCAUAUCUCAGACUGUCCAAUAAAAAUAAAAUAUUAAGAUGGGCAAAAGAACAGGCAAUGGACUUUUUCUUUGCAACUCUCCCUAGGUCGGCAUCCCGGAGUCGCCUCUUCACUGUUGACGUUGAGACUGAUGUUUUGCGGGUACUAUUUAAUGAAGCUGCCAGUUGAGGACCUGUGAGGCGUCUGUUUCUCAAACUAGACACUAAUAUAUUUGUCCUCUUGCUCAGUUGUGCACCGGGGCCUCCCACUCCUCUUUCUAUUCUGGUUAGAGCCAGUUUGCGCUGUUCUGUGAAGGGAGUAGUACGCAGCAUUGUACGAGAUCUUCAGUUUCUUGGCAAUUUCUCAUGGAAUAGCCUUCAUUUCUCAGAACAAGAAUAGACUGACGAGUUUCAGAAGAAAGUUAUUUGUUUCUGGCCAUUUUGAGCCUGUAAUCGAACCCACAAUUGCUGAUGCUCCAGAUACUCAACUAGUCUCAAGAAGGCCAGUUUUAUUCGUUCUUUAAUCAGCACAACAGUUUUCAGCUGUGCUAGCAUAAUUGCAAAAGGGUUUUCUAAUGAUCAAUUAGUCUUUUAAAAUGAUAAACCUGGAUUAGCAAACACAACGUGCCAUUGGAACACAGGACUGAUGGUUGCUGAUAAUGGAUAUCUGAAUGAGGAGGACCCAGACUUCUUCCUUCAAUUUAACAAAAUAAUACUGGAUUUCAGUGAUUUUCCUCUGGUACUAGUGGGGGAUUAUAAUCAGGUCCCUGAUGCUUUUUUUAGAUAAAUCCAAAACUGGUCUAACCUCAAACUCAAGAAGCAAUUAAAAUACUGUGUAAAGAUGCUGGUCUUUAUGAUAUAUGGAGAUCGAUCAAUCCAACUGCUUGUGAUUAGAUUUAUUUUCGAAUAGGCCCACUGUUUAUUCACGCAUCGACUACUUCCUGAUCUCACACUCUCAUAGAUGAUAGCUUUUAAAGAUUACAUACGCGGAGUAAUGAUACAAUGAUCAGCUACUAUUAAGAAAUUCAAAACAGAAAAUUGAUACAUUUGAAACAGAGCUCAAAAUGCUGGAGAGGGAAUAUUGGUCCAAUCCUAACAAAAUGUAUCUGGUAAAUCUGACAAACCAAAUACGAGCUGAAAUACUUUAUUCAGUAAAAAAGCUGAAUAUUCCCUGUACAGGCUGAAGCAGAGAUGGUACGAAUCAGGUGAAAAGGCAGGAAAUUGAAAUCUAGAGAAACAGAUCGGCAAGUAGGUGUAAUCAGAAAUAAGACAGGCAAGAUGAUUACCAAUCAUAAAGAAAUAAACAAUAUAUUUCGAGACUUCUAUCAGGAACUUUAUACUUCAGACGGUCCUUUUAGAUAUGCAGAAAGCAGCAGCAUAUUUUCAUAAUUUGAACCUUCCUAAACUAUCAGAGGAAGACAGGAAUUGGCUCGACUGCCCUAUUACUUUGGAGGAAUUGACCGAAACAAUAAGACAAGCACCCAGUGGUAAAACUCCAGGGUUGGAUGGGAUACCCAGUGAUUUCUAUAAAAGGUUUGCAGAGCAGCUUAGCCCAGAAAUAUUGAAAACAUUUAACACAUCGAUUGACACAGGUGAGCACCCACCUAUGAGUGAUGCAGUAAUCACCCUAAUCCUCAAAAAGGGAAAGGAUCCCUAUGAGUGUGGGAGCUACCGUCCAAUUUCUUUGAUAAAUUAUUUACAAAACUUCUGGCUAUGAGGGUGAAUCAUAUCAUUAAGAAAAUCAUAAAUCCAGACCAGGUGGGAUUUGUGAAAGGCAGAACUUCAUCUGAUAAUCUUAGACACCUAUUGCAUGUCAUCUGGAAGGCAAAAGAUUUGGAUACUUCCGUGGCAGCCUUAUCACUAGACGCAGAGAAAACCUUUUGAUAGGGUGGGUUGGGACUACCUGCAUUAUACUAUAAAUACAUUUGGAUUUGGACAGAGCUUUCAGAAUAUUAUUAAACCUAUGUACAACGACCCCAAAUCCAUAGUAGUCACUAACGGACUACGAUCAUCUCCAUUUUCUGUAGGACGAGGCACGAGACAAGGUGACUGUCUCUCUCCUCUCCUAUUUAUUAUAGCAUUAGAACCAUUAGCCGAAGCCGUUAGGCUGCAUCAGUCAAUCAAAGGGGUUAAUAUGGGAGGUAGGGAGAAUAAACUACUGCUUUAUGCAGACGACAUAUUACUAUUAAUGUCAGACCCCCAACUCUCCAUAUCUCCUUUACUGGACCUAGUAAAUGCAUUUUCAGAGAGAUCGGGCUAUAAAGUAAACUGGACCAAAUCUGAAGUAAUGCCCCUAUCAAAACAUUGUCUGAGAAAUGACUUCCUCAGCUGGAGGUUUCAAUGGGUCCCUAAAAACUUGAGGUACCUGGUGAUCGCUUUAAAUCCUGGUCUAGAGAACAUGAUUUCUGAAAACCUUGAACCACUAUUGAACAAAAUUCAACUCCAGUUUAAGAGCUGGGAUAAGCUACAACUCUCAUUAUGGGGUAGGUUACAGGUUAUAAAGAUGGUCAUACCUCCUAAACUGAAUUACAUCAAACAUGUUACCACUAUCCAUACCUAUACUUUUAAAUCCAUAGACAAUAUUAUUACUGAGUUUAUUUGGGCCGGUAAAAGGGCAAGGAUUAACCUAGCUAGGUUACAGGCCUUUGUAUAUGCACAAAUAGGCACUCUUUAUUGAGAACUCGACUAGGCCAAUUUGGGUGGACAUGGAAGAGGAACUUAAUGCCCCAUUCGGAGCAUCAGAUUAUUUGAGUCAACAAAAAGUGGGAUUGCAGAAUCCAAUAAUGUACCAUACUAAAAAUAUAUGGAGUCAGAUUCAUAAGAGAGGGCGAUCUUCACCUUUCUUGACUAGCUCUGCUUCGUUAUGGAACAACCCUAAAUUGAAAAUAGGGGGACACAUGGUUUUCUGGAAAGAUUGGUAUAGAAAGGGGAUAAAGAACAUUGGUAGUCUAUAUCCAGUUUAGAGAUUUGUAUGUUUAAGGUAGGACAGAAUAACAACAAAUUCCCAGUACAUUCCGAUAUAAGUGUUAAGCUAGAAAUCCUCAGCAAAUUACCACAUACACAAGGGCUUAUAUACACUGCUCAAAAAAAUAAAGGGAACACUAAAAUAACACAUCCUAGAUCUGAAUGAAUGAAAUAAUCUUUAUUAAAUACUUUUUUCUUUACAUAGUUGAAUGUGCUGACAACAAAAUCACACAAAAAUUAUCAAUGGAAAUCAAAUGUAUCAACCCAUGGAGGUCUGGAUUUGGAGUCACCCUCAAAAUUAAAGUGGAAAACCACACUACAGGCUGAUCCAACUUUGAUGUAAUGUCCUUAAAACAAGUCAAAAUGAGGCUCAGUAGUGUGUGUGGCCUCCACGUGCCUGUAUGACCUCCCUACAACUCCUGGACAGUCUGUGGUGCAACGUGGCGUUGGUGGAUGGAGCGAGACAGAUGUCCCAGAUGUGCUCAAUUGGAUUCAGGUCUGGGGAACGGGCGGGCCAGUCCAUAGCAUCAAUGCCUUCCUCUUGCAGGAACUGCUGACACACUCCAGCCACAUGAGGUCUUGCAUUAGGAGGAACCCAGGGCCAACCGCACCAGCAUAUGGUCUCACAAGGGGUCUGAGGAUCUCAUCUCGGUACCUAAUGGCAGUCAGGCUACCUCUGGCGAGCACAUGGAGGGCUGUGCGGCCCCCCAAAGAAAGGUCAUUGUCCAUUUGAAAGACCCAUUUGCGACCAAGCUUUAACUUCCUGACUGAUGUCUUGAGAUGUUGCUUCAAUAUAUCCACAUAAUUUUCCUUCCUCAUGAUGCCAUCUAUUUUGUGAAGUGCACUAGUCCCUCCUGCAGCAAAGCACCCCCACAGCAUGAUGCUGCCACCCCCGUGCUUCACGGUUGGGAUGGUGUUCUUCGGCUUGCAAGCUCACCCCUCCUUCAAACAUAACGAUGGUCAUUAUGGCCAAACAGUUAUAUUUUUGUUUCAUCAGACCAGAGGACAUUUCUCCAAAAAGUACAAUCUUUGUCCCCAUGUGCAGUUGCAAACCGUAGGCUGGCUUUUCUAUGGCGGUUUUGGAGCAGUGGCUUCUUCCUUGCUGAGUGGCCUUUCAGGUUAUGUCGGUAUAGGACUUGUUUUACUGUGGAUAUAGAUACUUUUGUACCGGUUUACUCCAGCAUCUUCACAAGGUCCUUUGCUGUUGUUCUGGGAUUGAUUUGCACUUUUCGCACCAAAGUACGUUCAUCUCUAGGAGACAGAACUCGUCUCCAUCCUGAGCGGUAUGACGGCUGCGUGGUCCCAUGGUGUUUAUACUUGCGUACUAUUGUUUGUACAGAUGAACGUGGUACCUUCAGGCAUUUGGAAAAUUGUUCCCAAGGAUGAACCAGGCUUGUGGAGGUCUACAAUUUUUUUCCUGAGGUCUUGGCUGAUUUCUUUUGAUUUUCCCAGGAUGUCAAGCAAAGAAGCACUGAGUUUGAAGGUAGGCCUUGAAAUACAUCCACAGGUACACCUUCAAUUGACUCAAAUGAUGUCAAUUAGCUUAUCAGAAGCUUCUAAAGCCAUGACAUCAUUUUCUGGAAUUUUCCAAGCUGUUUAAAGGCACAGUCAACUUAGUGUAUGUGAACUUCUGACCCACUGGAUUUGUGAUACAUUGAAUUCUAAGUGAAGUAAUCUGUCUGUAAACAAUUGUUGGAAAAAUGACUUGUGUCAUGCACAAAGUAGAUGUCCUAACCAACUUGCCAACACUAUAGUUUGUUAACAAGAAAUUUGUGGAGUGGUUGAAAAAACGAGUUUGAAUGACUAAGUGACCUAAGUGUAUGUAGUCUUCCGACUUCGUAUGUAUGUAUGUAUGUAUGUAUGUAUUGCAUCUUAUGAAUGUCACAAAAUGGUGCCAUUCCUAUGCAUUUGGCCGUGCCUGUCUUAUGUGUUGAUCCCUUGUGUGUAUUGUGUUCCAGGCUAUCCCCCGUUCUGCUCCGAGACCCCCCAGGAGACCUACAGGAAGGUGAUGAACUGGCGGGAAACGCUCACCUUUCCCCCGGAAGUGCCCAUCUCGGAGAAGGCCAAGGAUCUCAUCCUCAGGUUUUGCUGUGAAGAGGAGCACAGGAUUGGAGCCACAGGGGUGGAGGACAUCAAGGGCAACGCCUUCUUCGAAGGGGUGGACUACGACCACAUCAGGUAGGAGGGCUUAGAGGAGGAGGAGGAGGAGGAGUAGUAGUAGUAGGAGGAGGAGUAUUUUCCACCCUUGAGCUGGAUGGCAGCUCUCUACUUCGUCCCUUGAUACCACUGAGUGAGGAAAAAGGGACAUUUGAAGAAUUACGUUUUCCAAAUACAUUUUCCCAAAUGUUAUGUGUUAGUCAAGCACACUUAUUUUUGUAUUUAGCUCCUUAGCUAAGUCGUCAUUACGACAAAGGUAGUUAGCUACAGCGUUUAGUAAACUAAGCAAGAACAUUUUCUUGCCCGCCGUGUUUUGAUCUCCGCGGCGGUAGUAGGCGCGAGUGCAUUGACAAGCAAGAAAAUGUGUGGUGUUGUGGUAGUUCAGUGCGCGUCUCUGUGUGAAUGGAAACCAACAUGGCAGAACGCUUUUCCGCUAAUACCGUCCUUCAGAGAAUGUUAUGUUAGACUAUUAAAAAUGUGUAGGUCUAUGUUAACUAAUCAGUUCUUGAUCUUUCCUCUUGAAAUUGCUGUAUGUCAACAGUAGGCUGCUAAUGAUGUAAUAAUAGUCAGUUCACCAAUCACAACAAGGCAUGUUGAAUGAAUGGUAGCAUAGUAGUCAGACCUAACUUGAUGGAUUAUAUCAGGGAUGGAGAUUUGAAAUAAGCUUAUAUAGGCCUAGUUCAGUUGUUUCGUAUUCCAAAUAGCCUACUGUAAGCUAAACUACUACAUUGCAUCCAGUAAUUGAAUUAUUCAAAAAUGUCUCCCCAAACAAAAUAAGAACCCAGUUUACAUUUUUCCAAAUCCACCGAUUUUUAAUUAGAAUAAUCAUUACCCCUCAUUUUAACCUAGAAAAAUUUGAAGAUUUCAUUAAGACCACCUCAAUUUAAUUUAGGAUCAAACCCAAGACUUCUGUGUUGGCUAUGUUGUUUAAUAUAAUUUAAGACUAGGUUUCAGGAAAUGGCAGUUACAGGUUUUUCAAAUGCUAAAUGCUCCAACUUUAAGUUGACUGCCCCCCCCCCCCCCCCCAAAAAAAAGCACUGAUUUGUACAUUUUAAACGUAUUUCUAGUUAGCUACUGAAGAGCAGCCAAGUACCCAUACGUCUAUGUAGCCUAUUAUUCCUACUGAGGCAGUCCUCUGCCAACAUAAUUAUUAGGCAAAAAAUAAAUGUGCAUUUUCCUAUGAUUUGAGCAGUGUAGGUGUUGCGUGUGCCGUGAAGUGGUACUCGUAAAAAUUAUUCAAGGUUGGCAGGUCUGUAUAUCCAAACCAUUUGAAAGUUUGUUUGUUUGUUUAUUUAGCAACAUCCAGAAUCUCCUGGCUAGCAUUUUCUGACAUUGUAGCGGUGCAUUUAAAAACUGAUGGGAACAGUCCUGUUCUAAAACUAGGGUCCCGUUUCUUCUACAGAGAGAGGCCCGCUGCCAUUCCCAUCGAGAUCAAAAGCAUCGAUGACACGUCCAACUUUGACGAGUUCCCAGACUCAGAUAUCCUCCAGCCAACGGGUACGUUGCUUAUUGUCACAACACCAGUGGCUGUCAGUGGUCAUAGUUCAACAGUCAUGUUCAUUAGGUCCCUCCCCGUUUGGUUCCGUCUGCUCUGUUUGGUUCCUAGAGUACACGGUAAACAGUUUCCGUUGCAAAAUGUUUUGCAAUGGUCUGCGACUAAUGAAUACAUGCCUGGUAGUCCCUCCCAGGUUGUCCGUUUUCUUUCAUUUGGUACCUAAUGAACACGGCCCAGGUCAACCACCUUGAAACAAGACUAUGUCAAAAAUGUUAUCCUUUGUUUUCCUCCAUUGCCCUGUGUGAAAUAAUCCCGUGACUUUUCCUCCUCAGCUGCCCCUGUUGUGUCCAAUCAUUCUGAGGUGGACCUGAAGAACAAGGACUGGGUCUUCAUCAACUAUACCUACAAGCGCUUCGAGGGCCUCACAGCCCGAGGGGCCAUCCCCUCCUACAUGAAGACAGGGAAGAGAUGA